AAAUUUGACAAUAACGAAAUAACCUAACUUUUUUAAUGUACUCGAAAAUCCGCGAGAAAAUUUCCCGAAAAAGCAAUUUAUUUUGUUUUAAUUUCUAAAUCAAAAUCCCUAUUGUAUCGAUUAGGUAAUAUGACAAACAUGUUAACGAUUAUUACGUUCCAUGCGUAACCAUAUUCGAAACAUUGUAGGACCAUAAUAUUAUUGUUGUUAUUUAUUAAUUAGGUGUUUUAGUGUGUACGCAAAUUUAACUAUCAUUUGAAAGAGUAGUGUUUUAUCAGUGAUCAUACGUUAUAAUAAAUUUGCACACAUCAAUUGUCACAAUCAUGUAUAUUCAGUAGGUAGAAAGAAAGUCAACCUUUGGACUUUAGUUAAUCGCAAUAAAAUAAUGUAUAUUGGUUACACCGCUCCUAUCGUGGUUUUUGUGCUUUCAGUAAUUGUGUCAUAUAUAUUUGUGAUGAGUCCAACAGCUGAUGAGAUGGCAAACAAUGGAUAUGUGUUUAUUUCGAAUGCUGCCAAGGCCUAUGCAGUUUGUCAAAGAGCUUCAAAGUUAGUGCAAAGAGUUUUGUAUCUGAGAGUUAAGGAAAACACAGAGGCAUCAUUGCCUAUGCUUAGCAAACAAAUUGAACAUGUUUAUUGUAAGGCGACAUCUCACUACAAUCAUUUAGAUGUAAGACUGAUAUUGAAACAAGGUGGUGUGAGGAAUGAGAACACAAACUUUCCAAUUGACCUAGUGUUGUAUGAUAAUGAACUCUCAAGUGAUAUAGACAGCCUGAAGAGCUCUGUGAAUAGUAUAAGAAGUGGUUGCAGAGUACUAAAUCUUGAUGUUGAUGAAGAACCUGUCGGUAUUUUAGAAAAAGUAAGAACUUACGAGAAUGUCGUUUUGGGUGGCACCUUCGAUCGGUUACAUAAUGGACAUAAGUUGCUGUUGUCACAAGCUGUAUUGCGAGCUACUAAGUCGGUAACUGUGGGAGUUACUGACAUCAAUAUGCUUCAAGUUAAAACUAUACCGGAACUAAUACAACCGGUAGACGUAAGAAUAAAAGAAGUACGUAAUUUCCUGAUGGACAUCAAUCCGGACUUGGAAUACAAUUUGUUUCCCCUAAGAGAUCUGUACGGCCCGACGAAAGAUGAUCCUAAAUUUCAGUUAAUAGUGGUGAGUGAUGAAACGGUUCGAGGAGCCAAUAAGAUAAAUGAGAAGCGACAGGAGAAGGGGAUCCCACCGAUGGACGUCCACGUGAUCACCAUCAUAGAGGACUCCCACGCGUGCACUAAAGCCGCUGAGGAGUGCAAGGUCAGCUCCAGUAACCAGAGGAUGAGGAUGCUGGGCAAAGUCAUAAGGGAACCACAACCUAAUCCGAACAUCCCAGAUUGGCCGUACGUAAUCGGACUGGCCGGAGGUAUUGCUGCCGGGAAAACUCGUAUUUUGCAAAAAUUAAAGGAAAAAGGCGCGGCGAUUUUGAACUGCGAUACUAUCGCUCACGAGCUGUACAAACCGGGCCUACCGCUCAACCGUACGAUAUCUGAGAAUUUUGGCAAGGAAGUCAUCACAGAGGCUGGAGAGGUGGACAGGAAGAAGCUUGGGUCUAUCGUUUUUAGUGAUAAGGAACAAUUAGAUAAACUAAACAGCUUAGUAUGGCCAGAGGUGAUAGCGGAGACGCAGCGUCGUAUCAAAGCUUUGGGUGAACAAGGCUACCGUAUCGUGGUCAUGGAGGCGGCUGUAAUGGUGCGAGCAAAGUGGUACAAGUAUUGCCAUCAACUGUGGUCCGUCAUCAUACCUAGGGAUGAGGCGAUAAAAAGGAUACAGAAACGAGACAACCUCUCAGCGGAGGACGCGGCCAAGAGAGUGGACUCCCAAGUGUCUAACGAGGACCACGUGGCCGUAGCCAACGUGGUAUUCAGCCCCAACUGGAGCACAGACCAUACGGACACACAACUUGAAGCCGCGUGGAAAGAACUGCAGGAGUAUCUAGCUAAGAGAAAGUAGGUGAGAUUAGACAAGAAAGUAGCAAUAUUAGCUAUUGUUACGGGUCUAAAGGGAAACCCUAAACACGUUUACUGUUCGAGCAUCCUACGACAAUAUAAGCCCCGGUAUACAUCGAAACUGUUCGAGGUUGCUCGAACAUUUCGAUCCACACGAACAUCUUUUCGCGCAAGCAUGUUGUAUAAUUUAAUGAAUGCGAAAGUAAUAAGCUGAUUUGCCUCUAUUUUUGAUGAAAACUUAUCAAAAGAGCGAGGUGUUCAGUGAAUGGUUUUUAAAAGCAUGUAAACAAUUAAAUAUUUUUCUGUUAUUGGGAGUACACAGCUUUUACACAAAAAAAUGUUUCUUUAAACAAUUGAAUUACAAGUAGUCCAGCUUAUAUAUAACAUAUUAUAUACAACAGGGUUCAGUCUAUUAGGCAGGUGAAGGCCAUUGCACCACUUUAAAAAGUUUUGAAACUCAUUAUGGUUUUAACUAAAUAAUCAUGCCUUGCAUCGGUUUAUUAAUUUGUAUGAAAAAGAACGUACAUAACGAAGUAUGAACAAUGGUGAUGUGCAAUUCUCUUUAGCAGGCUGUGGAACAAGUUCAUCAGAUGUAAAUGAAUUUGUUCUAUUUGUAGCAUUGACAAUAAACGUAGCAUUUCGAUUAGCAAUAGUCCAUAGGGUUUUUAAAAUUAUUUUGGUUUGUUAUAAUAUUUUAUUUAUUUGUGUUUUAUGAAUAUCUAAGUUAUUUAGAUACCACUUUAUCCAAGAAUGUGAUUUACAUUGGUAUUGGGAUGUACAGACUCCUAGGUCCACUUAUUUCAUCUAUCUGAGUGGAUUAAGGGCACUUUUUGCCAUUACUAAAUGAAGCAGAGUUCAGUGUCGAACUCAACUGAGCCCAAAAACCCCCAGUGAAAAGACUAUUACAUUUUUUGGUAUAUUCUAUUUUAUUUUUGUUUUUUAUUUUAUUUAUAUGUAUUAUUUUUAAUUUUAUUUCUAUUAUUUUUUUAUGUACGUUGUUGAAGCUUCAUUUUUAUAACAAUAAAAAAAUGGCAGAAUGGUCUUAACCCAAGUUAACUAAACUUAUAAUAACUACAUACUACUACACCGUAAUCAGUUCAGUUACUUAGGCUUAACUUAUUUUGUUAUUCAAUGAAGUUUCAUCAGCUAUUUUUUAUUCAUCUUACUAAUUGUAAGCAUUUUAAUUUGAUAAUAUUGUACAAACAUUUUGUUUUAGGUAAAAUAAUGUAUACAAAUAAAAAAUAUAUAACACACAACAGUACAUGCAUAUUAUAUUAUCGCCGACUUUAAUUGUAAGCUGGUGUAAUCAAACCCAGCCGAUGCCAUAUUUUUAUAUAUAGUUGAGAUAAAAAAUCUUUACUAAUUUAUUUAUGUAAUACAUGUAGCGAGGCUGCUCAACUAGUUUCAAUCUACAUGGCCACAUCAACACUGAUGUUGUGCAUGAUUAUGAGCCCCAGUUGUAACUUGAAACUAGUCGAACAUCUUCGAACAGUUACGGGCGUAAACUGUAUGUUAUUAUUAAUUUUUAAAUGAUGUCAAAUUUUUAUUUGUUUUAUACCUACAGCUUAUAUAAUAACUAACUACGUUUUAGCAUCAAUGGCGAUAAUAUUUAUUAUUAUUUUCCCAUUUCUUGAAUCUGUAUGCUCCAUAGACAAUAUUUUGUGCGAAUAAAGAAUUGUAUUGUGUAAAAAGUGUUCAUUGGCAUUUAGUAAAAAAUAUAUCGUGUUAGUCGUUGGUUUGGUUUAGGAAUUAUAUUUUGGCUGUUAACGUAUGUUAGUAUUGUAAAGACUUGAAAAUGAAAUAAAUCAAAUAUUUUUGUUA